GCAGCUAGCAUGCCAAUGGCCAAGCAACUGGCUCUAGUAGGUUCCGCUGGCUGCCUGCAGCUAGCGGUGCACCCAAGCAAGCAGCUCUCAGCGGCAUAGCUAGCUGCUGCCGUCCGUUACCCUUUGUAGCAGGGCAUCAAUGGAAGACUUUCCAGGUCGUCCAUGAAUGGAGGUUGACGUUGACCUGAUGGUCCGUCCUUUUCAUCAUGCAAUAAUAAAGUUUUAAGCCAAGCUCCUCAUCUCACGAGAUACACUCCCGGCUACACGCAGUCAGGUCAGGACGCAGGAAGCAUUGCCUCCACUCUGGUCUCAAGUCUCAACCAUGGCCGCGUCCUGCAUUCACCUUGUCUUUCUCCUUUGUCUGGUCCCAGCAGCCACCGUCGCCUCACCUCAUCGUAAUCUACGCAAGUCCCCGGUCGACAUCGCCGCGGCCGCGCCGUCUCCGGCAAACGCGUCGCCGCCAACCACCUUCUACGAGGUGGACCGCCCGCUCCGCCCGCCACCGGGCAGCUCCGGCCCGUGCUCCACGCUCCUGCUAUCCGGCUCCUUCGCAUACACCUUCACCAAGCCGCCCGCCACCGCCGCGUACUCCCCGCCGCCCUGCCUCGCCGCGGCCUCGGCGGUCUCCCUCGCCGUCCUCGAGUGGCACGCCACCUGCCGGGGAGUCCAGUUCGACAGGAUCUUCGGCGUCUGGCUCGGCGGCGCCGAGCUCCUCCGCGGCAGCACCGCCGAGCCGCUGCAGAACGGCGUCGUCUGGUCCGUCUCCAAGGACAUCACCGGGUACGCGUCCCUCCUCGCCGCCGGCAACUCCACCCUCGCCGUCUUCGUCGAGAACCUCGUCAACAGCCAGUACACCGGCGUGUACUAUGCCAACGUCACGCUCCACCUCUACUUCCGCCGCACGCCGACGCGCCCGCCGCCCGCCGUGGCUCCCGCCGACCUCAUCGUCCCGAUGUCCAGAGGCUUACCUCUCAACGACGGGCUCUGGUACAAGAUCCAGAACGCCACCGACGUCGUGUCCACGAGCGUGACGUUGCCAUCCAACACCUACCGCGCGGUCGUGGAGGUCUUUGUCUCGUUCCACGGGGACGACGAGUUCUGGUGGACAAACCAGCCCGGUGCCGACGCCAACGGCCCGUUCCGUGAGGUCACUGUCCGUGUUGACGGGGUCCUCGCCGGCGCCGCGUGGCCGUUCCCCGUCAUCUUCACCGGCGGCAUCAACCCCCUCCUAUGGCAGCCCAUCACCGGCAUCGGCUCCUUCAACCUCCCGACGUACGACGUCGAGGUGACGCCGUUGCUGGGCAAGAUGCUGGACGGCAAGGCGCACGUGUUCGCGUUCGCCGUGACCAACGCCGUGGACGUGUGGUACGUCGACGCCAACCUCCACCUCUGGCUGGACCCUGGGAGCACCGACACGGCGGCGGGCCUCGUGAGCUACGUGGCGCCGGAGGUAGCGGCGGCGACGACGUCCUCCCGCACGACGGCGAGCCGGCGAGUCUCGGCGACCGGAUGGGUGAAGUCGUCGUACGGGAACAUCACGACGAACGCCACACAGACGUUCCAUUUCGACAACACCAACACCAACGACGGCGAGACGGUGAACCAGACGACCGUCGCGCACGCCGGCGUCGCCGCCACGGACCUCGCCGGCGUCCUGUACUACUCGGUGCAGACGCGCCAGAGCUUCCCGCUUUUGUUGGACUCAGGAGCGGACCAGGUAACCGUCACGCACGGGUUGGAGGAGACGACGGUAGCCACCGGCCGGUGGUCGUCGGGGCCCAGGUACCAGUCGCUGCGCAACACGCAGCGGAGCAGCGUCGCCGGGGCGUCGCGGGGCGUCCGGCAGACGUACAGGUACGAGGCCACCGACGGGUGCUACUUGAGGAAUGUGACCAGCAGCGGUUAUAGCAUCGUGUCGGACCAGUCCAGUGAGGCGUGCGUGAAGGGGCCAUUGCGUUGAUCUACAGGAUCAAGCAAUAAAUAAAGUGGACGGUGAUAGAGCGACAGGUGGUUCGUUCGUGAUCCUCCGUCACUUGCAUUCUUUUCUUCUUCUUAGUUGUGGCUCAAAACCUAUAUCAAGCAUUCGGUCAGCUUCAUCAAGAACAAGAUAUGCUAUUUGACGCAGGCCCACUUUUCCCAUUCCUAGAAUAUCAUUCAGUCUUCCAGGCGUUGCAGCAACCAUGUCAGCACCAUGCUCUAAAUCUCUUAGCUGAGGGCUUUUUGGAGCACCACAAAAUAGACACUGCAAAAGAAAAAUUAUGAUUAAGACUGAUAUUCUAUUAUGGCUAUA